AUGUAUAAUUGGUUUCAGAUAAUAAUUAUCAACAUCAAUAUGGGAAGCAAAUUUAAAGGUUUCGAUGGAUGUUUUAGCAUGUCUAUUAAUAAUUCUGAUUCAUUACGACGUUUACGAAACACAAAUGAUAGACGUAAACUACUUGAAAUGAACAUUGCAAAAGGAACAGCAACUAGAUUUGACAUGAUGAUGCAAUUAAACACCGAAUUGCAAAUAUUUGAUACUUUCCUCAAAGUUGUUGAAAGUAAAAAGAAAGCAAAUAAGUGUUGCAAAGUGAUCAAUACUGUUAUUUCCACUUUAACUAAACGUAUCAACAACAUGUGGAACACAGUUUUUUUACUUUUCACAGUUGAUGAUGAUAUGGAGCCAAAAUUUAUAAAAGUUUCAAAUAGCAUUGUAAGUAUUUAA